AACUGAGCAGAGCAAGGCGCCGGGCAGGGCCGGCGGGCCGCGUGACAAGCCCGGGGACAGCUCCGCCCACCCGCUUCCUGAGCCGCCACAUCCCGGCAAGCCCUACUACCUGCGCACGUGGUUCCGCCGCUGCUGCCUCCCGCUCGCCCCGAACCCAGUACCUGCAGCCAUGGCUCCCAGCCAGCUCGCCUUAUUUAGUGUCUCUGACAAAACCGGCCUUGUGGAAUUUGCAAGAAACCUGACCGCUCUUGGUUUGAAUCUGGUCGCUUCCGGAGGGACUGCAAAAGCUCUCAGGGAUGCUGGUCUGGCAGUCAGAGAUGUCUCUGAGUUGACGGGAUUUCCCGAAAUGUUGGGGGGUCGUGUGAAAACUUUGCAUCCUGCAGUCCAUGCUGGAAUCUUGGCUCGUAAUAUUCCAGAAGAUAAUGCUGACAUGGCCAGACUUGAUUUCAAUCUUAUAAGAGUUGUUGCCUGCAAUCUCUAUCCCUUUGUAAAGACAGUGGCUUCUCCAGGUGUAACUGUUGAAGAGGCUGUGGAGCAAAUUGACAUUGGUGGAGUAACCUUACUGAGAGCUGCAGCCAAAAACCAUGCUCGAGUGACAGUCGUGUGUGAACCAGAGGACUAUGUGGUGGUGUCCACGGAGAUGCAGAGCUCCGAGAGUAAGGACACCUCCUUGCAGACUAGACGCCAGUUAGCCUUGAAGGCAUUCACUCAUACGGCACAAUAUGAUGAAGCAAUUUCAGAUUAUUUCAGGAAACAGUACAGCAAAGGCAUAUCUCAGAUGCCCUUGCGGUAUGGAAUGAACCCUCAUCAGACCCCUGCCCAGCUGUACACACUGCAGCCCAAGCUUCCCAUCACAGUUCUAAAUGGAGCCCCUGGAUUUAUAAACUUGUGCGAUGCUUUGAACGCCUGGCAGCUGGUGAAGGAACUCAAGGAGGCUUUAGGUAUUCCAGCCGCUGCCUCUUUCAAACAUGUCAGCCCAGCAGGUGCUGCUGUUGGAAUUCCACUCAGUGAAGAUGAGGCCAAAGUCUGCAUGGUCUAUGAUCUCUAUAAAACCCUCACACCCAUCUCAACAGCAUAUGCAAGAGCAAGAGGGGCUGAUAGGAUGUCUUCAUUUGGUGAUUUUGUUGCAUUGUCCGAUGUUUGUGAUGUACCAACUGCAAAAAUUAUUUCCAGAGAAGUAUCUGAUGGUAUAAUUGCUCCAGGAUAUGAAGAAGAAGCCUUGACAAUACUUUCCAAAAAGAAAAAUGGAAACUACUGUGUCCUUCAGAUGGACCAGUCUUACAAACCAGGUGAAAAUGAAGUUCGAACUCUCUUUGGUCUUCAUUUAAGCCAGAAGAGAAAUAAUGGUGUCGUCAACAAGUCAUUAUUUAGCAAUGUUGUUACCAAGAAUAAAGAUUUGCCAGAGUCUGCCCUCCGAGACCUCAUCGUAGCCACCAUUGCUGUCAAGUACACUCAGUCUAACUCUGUGUGCUACGCCAAGAACGGGCAGGUUAUCGGCAUUGGAGCAGGACAGCAGUCUCGUAUACACUGCACUCGCCUUGCAGGAGAUAAGGCAAACUAUUGGUGGCUUAGACACCAUCCACAAGUGCUUUCGAUGAAGUUUAAAACAGGAGUGAAGAGAGCAGAAAUCUCCAAUGCCAUCGAUCAAUAUGUGACUGGAACCAUUGGCGAGGAUGAAGAUUUGAUAAAGUGGAAGGCACUGUUUGAGGAAGUCCCUGAGUUACUCACUGAGGCAGAGAAGAAGGAAUGGGUUGAGAAACUGACUGAAGUUUCUGUCAGCUCUGAUGCCUUCUUCCCUUUCCGAGAUAAUGUAGACAGAGCUAAAAGGAGUGGUGUGGCGUACAUUGCGGCUCCCUCCGGUUCUGCUGCUGACAAAGUUGUGAUUGAGGCCUGCGACGAACUGGGAAUCAUCCUUGCUCAUACGAACCUUCGGCUCUUCCACCACUGAUUUUAUCACUCACUGUUUUUUGGCUUGCUUAUGUGUAGGUAAACAGUCACGCCUGAAACUUUGAGAAUAACUUCUUAAAAAAAUAAAACAGUAUCUCUUAAUCACUGGA